GUGUCGUGCUCCUGCGAUCCCCGGAACCCAAUCUCUCUCGACCCAUCCAUUAACCCCCCUCCGAACCCUUCUUCGUCCUCUGCCGAGCUCCUCUAAUGGCGAUCGUCGCCCCUUCCUCCCCCGUAACCCUAGACUCCAAGCCCGAAAAAUCCGACUCCGAGAACCCUCCUUCCUCCUCCGCCCCCUCCGCGCCCAUCGAAAACCCUAAUCCCAACCCCGUAAACCCUAACCCUAACCCCGUCGUGGCUCCGCCGCCCCCGGCCGUUCCAUCCUUCGCACCGUCGUUCCGGCCCUUGGGAGCCCCGCACGUGCCCCAGUACUCCCCAGUCCCGAACCCUAGCUACCCGAUGGCCCCAAACCCUAGCAUCCAGCCUCCGGGGGUGGCGGCGAUGCCUCCGGGGGCCGCGGCGGGUGGUGUGGGAGUUGCGGCGGUGCGCCCGGUGGGGAUGUAUGCGGUUGCGCCUGGGCAACCGCCGGUGCACUAUGGGCAGGUUCCGAAUGGGUAUAUGGCGGUUCCUCCUCAGCCAGGGGUGAUCCCUCCACCCGGAGUGCCUCGUUAUCCCGGCCCAUACCCUGCUAUGAUGCGCCCAGGUUUUCCCCCACGCCCAAUCCCUUCAGUCGGCGUGAUUCCACAGCUUCCACGGCCUCCUGUUCCAGGGAUCCGUGGUGUUCCACCCAUUGUGACCCCUUCAGUCAGACCUGUUGUCCCCAUUGUUGCUCCAGCUGAAAAGCCACAGACUACAGUUUACGUUGGCAAGAUUUCUCCCUCAGUAGACAAUGAGUUUCUCCUUUCUCUUCUCCGACUGUGUGGACCAGUGAAAAGUUGGAAGCGUGCUCAAGAUCCUAGUACUGGCACUCUUAAAGGCUUUGGGUUUUGUGAGUUUGAAUCUGCUGAAGGAAUUCUUCGCGCACUGCGCUUGCUCAGUAAAUUAAACAUUGACGGUCAAGAAUUGGUGUUAAACAUUAAUCAAGCGACCAGGGAGUAUCUUGAGAAAUAUGUUGAAAAGAAGACAGAAAGGGAAAAGGAAAAGAUGAAAGAAAACGAAUCUGGAGGUGGCGAUAAAGAGAGUGAAAGUAUAUCUGGUAGCAGAAAGGAGUUGCUGAAGCCAGCCACAGAGGAAGCCAAAAAGGAUUCGGAAGAUUCCAGUGAUAAAGAAAAUCAAGAGGACUCACAGAAAUUUGGUGUUGUUACUGAUGAAGAUCGUGAGGCGGACAGAGAUGCUGUAGAGAAGAUUAGCGAUAUGAUUGAGGAGAGACUAAAGACCAAUCCCUUGCCGCCUCCACCACCAGUACCGCCACCUGCUGAUGGCUUAGCUAAGUCACAGUCUGAACUUGCUUCCAGAUCAAGAGAUGGCGAUUCAGAAGUCGAUGUAAUGAAAAGUGAUGCUGCCGAAGAGAAGAAUGAUGAAGAAACCACAAGUGAAAACAAGGCAGCAACUGAAAGUGACAAGCCUGGAGUAAGCUCACCUGAUAGGAAUAGGAGUGAUAGGAGUAAAGAGCGAGAAAAAGAACGUGAGAAAAGGGAAAAGGAGAGAGAACUCGAGAGAUACGAGAGAGACCGCGAGCGCGAGCGAGUCAGAAGGGAGCGAGAGAGGGAACAGAAACAAAGAGAAUCGGAGCGGUUAUAUAGGGAACGUCUCAAGGAAUGGGAAGCUAGAGAGAGAGAGAAAGAGUAUCACCGGCAGCAUGAGAGGGAGAGAGAGAAGGACAAAGAGCGGGAGCGCCGGAGGGAGGUCUUGAGGCAGGAGGAUGAAAGUGAUGAUGAUGACUCGAGGAAAAGAAGGCGGAGAAGCAGCACUCUCGAGGAUAAGAAAAGGAAGAGGCAGCGUGAGAGAGAGGAUGAUGCGGCUGAUAGAUUAAGGGAGGAGGAAGAAAUUGCUGAAGCUAAGAGAAGAGCAGUUGAGGAGCAGCCAAAAGAAGUUGAAUUAAAGCCUUCUGUGGUAGUGGAAAUGGAGUGCGAAAACCCUAUAAUUCCCGAAGAAAGAGAAGAUGCUGAAGGAAAGCAAGUAGCUUCAGAUCAGAAUUGUGAGGUUGUUUCCACUAAUGGAGAUGUUAAUGUUGGUGAUGGAAUCCAUAGGAACAGUAACGGUGAUGAACUGAACAUGCAAUCGGACCAAGCUCCUGACCUUAAGCAGAAUACCAAUGGUCCAACUAAGAAGCUGGGAUUUGGUUUAAUUGGUUCAGGAAAAAGAACAAAUGUUCCUUCUGUUUUUCAUCAAGAGGACGAUGAGGAUGUGGAGGAGAAAAAGAUGAGACCCCUCAUACCCAUUGAUUACUCCACUGAGGAAUUACAAGCUGUCCAAAGUAAUGCUUCUGGGGCACCGCCAAAUAUUGCUGCUGCCGCUGAGUAUGCCAAGCGCAUCUCCUCUGCUAAUCCAAAGGAAGAAAAACAUGAAAUAGAAAAGGAUAGAAGUAGGCGAUCUAGUGAGAGAUCGAGCCACCGAGAUCGUGAUAGGAAUGAUGAUGAGGGUAAGGAGAGGAUGCAUGAGAAGAUGUAUGAUCGGGAGAAAGAUCGAGAAGAGAAACCUAAAACAGAAAACAAGAAGCUUUUAGAUGCGAAGCAGUUGAUUGACAUGAUCCCAAAGACUAAGGAGGAGCUAUUUGUCUAUGAAAUUAACUGGGCAAUUUACGACAAACUUGAGUUGCAUGAGAGAAUGAGACCUUGGAUUUCAAAAAAAAUCACUGAGUUUCUUGGCGAGGAGGAAGCAACAUUGGUAGACUAUAUUGUGUCCUGUACCAAAGAUCAUGUCCAGGCAUCAAAGAUGCUAGAGUUGCUUCAAUCUAUACUAGACGACGAAGCUGAGAUGUUUGUUCUCAAAAUGUGGAGGAUGCUGAUAUUCGAAAUCAAGAAAGUUGAGACAGGCCUAGCAGCCAAAAGGAUUUCCUAUUAUCAUCUCGAAAGAGUGGCUCUCAAAGGUCUUUUACUGCAACUGGAACUUGAAACUUUGCAGCACACUUCUCUGGAGUGCAAUGUGGGAUUGAAACCUCCAGUUAUGGUCAAACUGAUGGGGCAAAUAUCACUACCAUCGCCUCGAGUUCGUACAGACUUUCUGCACGUUCUGAAGGUCAAAGAUGGCAGCAAGUGGAGUAAAUAUGUACAGCUAAGAACGAUGGCAAAAAAUGAUAAACAGAGCAGGAGGAGGAGGAGGAGACAACAACAAACCGAAACCCAAAUUCCAAUCCAAACACCCUCUUCCUCUGCACGGCCCCCACCUUCGAUUCCUCCAAUUCCUGCGAGUAUUUCUAGCACAACAAUGACUCACCGCCACGAUGGUCAUAAGCCAUUCCUCUUCCCCGGGGUCCAAUCCACCGUUCUCCCCGACCCCUCCCCCUUAUUCUCCCCCCAACUCCUCUCCUCCCCUCUCCCCACCAACUCCUUCUUCCAGAACUUCGCCCUCAAAAAUGGCGACCAGCCCGAGUACAUCCAUCCCUACCUCAUCAAAUCCUCCUCCUCCUCCCUCUCCCUCUCCUUCCCCUCCCGCUUCGCCACCCCUUCCUUCAUCUACCAAACCUUCGUCCCCGACCUUACCGUCUCCUCCCCCUCCGCCUCGGACGCUAACCCUAAAUCCCACCUCAUCUCCUCCUUCGACGACCACGCCUCCUUCACCAAGCACAGGUUCGAGCUCAACAGCGGCCAGACCUUCCUCUGCUACUCCUCCGCCCCGCUCCGCCUCGCCCCCUCCGGGGUCUCCCUCCUCACCGCCCCCGCCUUCUCCGGCGUCGUCCGCCUCGCCUUCUUGCCCGACCCCAGCUACGAGCCCGUCCUCGACCGCUUCAGCUCCUGCUACCCGGUCUCCGGCGCCGCCUCCCUCGCCCGCCCCUUCUGCGUCGAGUACAACUGGGCCAAGGAGGGCUGGGGCGAGCUGCUGCUCCUCGCGCACCCGCUCCACCUCCGCCUUCUCGACCGCGCCUGCGGCGUCACCGUGCUGGAGGACUUCAAGUACAGAAGCAUCGACGGCGAUCUCGUCGGCGUCGUCGCCGAUUCCUGGGUGCUCAGGACCGAUCCCGUGUCGCCCACUUGGCAUUCGAUGAAAGGCGUCAGCGAGGAUGGCUUCGCCGAGAUCGCAUCCGCUCUCUGCAAGGACGCCGACGGCCUCUGCUCCGCGCUCAUCGCUACCACUUCGUCCUACUUUUACGGGAAGGCGGUCGCGCGCGCUGCCCGGCUGGCUUUGAUCGCGGAAGAGGUCGGCUUUCCCGACGUGAUUCCGGCCGUGCGGCAGUUCUUGAAGGCCUCCGUCACUCCGUGGCUGGAUGGGAGCUUCGGCGGGAAUGCUUUUCUCUAUGAUCACAAAUGGGGCGGGCUCGUCACCAAGCAGGGGUCGGUGGAUUCCGGCGCGGACUUUGGUUUCGGGAUCUUUAAUGAUCACCAUUACCACUUGGGUUACUUUAUAUACGCAAUUGCCGUCCUUUCUAAGCUCGAUCCGUCGUGGGGAAGGAAGUAUAUGUCUCAUGCUUAUUCGAUGGUCGCCGAUUUCAUGACUUUGUCCCGCAAGCAGGAUGCCAGUUAUGCUAGAUUGAGAUGCUUUGAUCUCUGGAAGUUGCAUUCUUGGGCGGGAGGAUUGACGGAGUUUGCUGACGGGCGGAAUCAGGAGAGCACGAGCGAGGCGGUGAAUGCGUAUUACUCCGCCGCCCUUUUGGGAUUGAGCUUCGGCGAUACCCACCUCGUGUCCAUCGGGUCGACACUCGCUGCCUUCGAGAUUCUCGCCGCACAGACGUGGUGGCAUGUGCGGGAGGGGGAAGGGAUGUACGAGGACGAUUUUAGUAGGGAGAAUCGAGUGGUGGGAGUAUUGUGGGCUAAUAAGAGGGAUAGCGGGCUCUGGUUCGCUCCCCCCGAGUGGAAGGAAUGCAGGCUGGGUAUUCAGGUCUUACCGUUGUUGCCGAUUACUGAGGUUCUGUUCCAAGACGUCGCGUUCGUGAGGGAGUUAGUGAAGUGGGCGUUGCCGGCUUUGGCGAGGGAAGGUGUUGGGGAAGGGUGGAAGGGCUUUGUGUAUGCGAUGGAAGGGGUGUAUGACAAGGAGAGCGCAAUGGAGAAGACUAGGGCGUUGAGUGGAUUCGAUGAUGGUAAUUCGCUCUCGAAUAUGCUGUGGUGGCUUUACAGUAGGGGCGAAGAUGUGGAGGGGGUAAUUGGGUGGGUGAGAUGCUGCUGGUAUCGGCAUUAUUGCCAUUAAAAGAGAAGUAUAUUAUUAUGUGUUUGCUUUGAUUGCUUCUCACUUAGGUGUGCAUGGAUUUGCUUGCGGUUGGCGAGCAGAUCAUGAUCUGCCGAAUAAGUGAUACCGACACAAACUGCAUACUGACGUGUUGAAGUGAGAAUACCCUGCUACCUUGGGUUGUAUCGGGCACUGAGUAUGGUACAAUACUAGUUGAUUUCUUUCCAUAUUUGUGGGACAAAUUAUGAUAAAGUGUGAUUUGUAGCGAAAAGUUAUGAGGUUCUCCUUUUUUCUUGAUUCUUCAUGUCCAAAAACUACUAGUAUGCUGAUUUUCUUUUAUAG